AUGUCAGGGAGCAGUGUGCUUGUAAGAAUUCAGUGCCAGAAAAACUUUUCUUCCUUGAUGAAAGCAUUAACCCAGAUGCAAAACCUUGGAUUGUCGAUCAUUAGUAGCAGUGCCAUGCCUUUUGCGAAGACCACACUUCUAAAUCAAUAUUGUUGCUCAGGCAAUACCUCCAGUUACUCGGAUGACAUUAGGAAGAAACACAUGGGUUGCUGUUUUAUGCAGAAAGCUAAGAGAUUGGUGGCACUGGGUUGCAGAGGGGGAAUUAUCUAUUGUAGCAUGACAUGGCAAGAAGAUAUAAGAAGUUAUAUAGAUGACUCUAUAAAACAUGGUGUUCAUCUUUCGGCAUUUCGUAAAGAACGUACAGGUGGUGACUCUCAUAGAGUUUCUUACUGGUACGAGAAUGAUCCUAUCAUUGGGCAGAGAUUAUACCAUGAAAUUAAGACAGUGGAAGUGAAGAAAGGGAAGGGGAAAAACAUACAGUCUGUUCCAUCUUAUCAUUGGGAAACAAUUGCUACUAAUUUGGAUGAGUUUCAAGACGUUUCAGAAAAACUAUCUUCUAGCAAAAAUCGUACUGAGUCUUCACUUGGGAAGAAACUAGAAGAUGACAUCCUACCAGAGAUCAAGAAGGUUGUAACGACGUAA